GUGCCCCCCUCAGCAGCACCCAAUGUCCAGGUAGGCUAAAGAGGCGUUUCUUUCAGGAUUUCGGAUUGCCACCGCUCAAACAGGUAUCUGAUGCCACAAGAGGGAGGGCGGCACAGCAUCACACAAACACACUUUCCCGGGGGGAUUCGCCUCAGUCAGCUCGCCAGGUUUUGUGUCUCUCCAGCCUUCCUGGAGUGCAGAGCGGGGCGGCGGAGGGAGACGAGGACUCCGCCGGUUUUUUCCUCCCUUGAGCAGCAGCAGCAGCAGCAGCAAAGCGUGUGUGUGUAGCUGGGAGAGAUUUGGGAGGUUUAGGGGCUCGUUGCCAUGGCUCCCUUGAAGCUCUGCCGAAGGAGAUAUUGAUGCCAGUCACGGAGGGACCCUUUUUCCUUUCGGUACGCUUGAUUUUCCACCCUUCUUUUCUCCCCCGCCCCCGGUCCACUUCUUCUUCGUCUUUUUUGGCGGAAAAGGCGAAGUGAUUGAUCUGGUGAGCUGGGACAGUGCUCAUCUGCGGCUCCCAUCAGCGCGCUGCGGCCGGACUCCCUUGCAAACUCCGGCUUCUGCUCAGCCAGACUCAUCCCACCCUGCCCCAGCCGGCCCUGAAGUGCUGCCUGCCUGCCAGCCACACACCCGAGAGGCUGCAAGCUUGUCUAAAGGUGCUGGAAAUUGAGCAGAAUGAAUCACAUCUGAGUGUGCCAUUGGAUCAGAAGAAGAAGCUGAGCCCUUACUGGCUUUGCUCUUCAGGACCAUUUUUUUUUUUUAACUGAAGAAGAAGAAGAAACUGCAAGGCACCUUUCAAUCUCUUUGGGCUCCCUGUUUACAGAAGAGAGAUGGAGAUGCCAUUAAACACAAAAGGGAUUGCUGUGUGCCUGCUUCCCUUUGUAUUAAGUUUGGCAGCAGCAGCUAUUGAAAUACCGCUUUCUGUGCAACAGCUCCCAACAAUUACAGAACAAUCAACCUCUGAAGUUGCAUUCCCUUUUGAUGAGGAGUUUACAAUCAAGUGUGAAGCUAAAGGCAACCCACAGCCAACUUUUAACUGGACAAAGGAUGGGAAACCAUUUGAUCUACUGGGUGACUCAAGAAUAAUUACGACCAAAAAUUCAGGAACAUUUGUCAUCAAGAAUCGUGGGAAUGUCUCCAUUUUCCAAGGGAAAUAUUACUGCUAUGCUUCCAACGAGCUGGGAACUACAGUGUCAGAGGAGAUUGAACUGGUAGUUCCAGGUAUUCCUAAAUUCCCCAAAGAGAAGAAGGAUCCUAUCAAGGUAGACCAUGGUGACAAAAUGAUCUUGCAUUGUAACCCUCCCAAAGGAAUUCCUCCAUUACACAUGUAUUGGAUGAACAUUGAUUUGCAGCACAUCCCACAAGAUGAAAGGGUCUCCAUGAGCCUUGAGGGAGAUCUUUACUUUGCAAAUGUGGAAGCAAAUGACAGCCGGAGUGAUUAUUGCUGCUUUGCUGCAUUUCCGAGACUAAGGACAAUAGCACAGAAAAUGCCAAUGACACUGACAGUUACACGUUCUAAUGACUCCAGUUCACCUAGUGCUAGUGCUGAUAAGGCAAAUGUAUUCAAGGAGAGAAAACCAAAACUCCUUAUUCCACCUGAAUCUAAUGGCCAUAGCUCGGUGGUGACUGUAAUGAAAGGAAAUGAUCUUUUUCUGGAAUGCAUUGCUGAAGGACUUCCAACACCACAUCUACACUGGAGGUCGAUUGAAAAAGGCAAUGUUGGCAGAGGAAGGGCAGAAAAUUAUGGGAAGAUAUUGAAGAUUGAACAAGUCACUACAGAAGAUAAAGGGUUAUAUGAAUGUGUAGCAAGGAAUACUCUGGGAGAAACAAAGCAUGAGUUCCAAGUUCAUGUUGAAGAACCACCUACGUGGAUAAAGAAACCAGAAAGUAAGGCUUAUGGUAUUGGUGAUUCUCUUGUGUUAUUGUGUGAAGCUGUUGGCAAUCCAGAACCAACUAUAAAAUGGAAACUGAAUGGUGUUCCUAUUCCUGAUGAAAGUAAGUUCAGCAGGGGUGUUUUUUCACCAAGGGAGAUCAGUGUCAAUAAUCUACAGCUGCAGGACAGUGCAGUGUACCAAUGUGAAGCAAGUAACAAGCAUGGCACUAUCCUUGCCACAGCUAACGUGGAUGUCCUCAACAUUCGACCAGAAAUGUUAACUCCAGAUGGUGAAGAGUAUGUAGCAGUUGCUGGUCAUCCAAGUUACAUGCACUGCCUGUUUUUUGCUAUACCUUUACCAGACUUUACUUGGAAUAAAGAAGACAGCACAUCACGUCUGGAUAAUGUGCAUAUAAAUGGAACCCUGGAGAUCAGAGAAACAAGAAAGGAAGAUGCUGGGUCUUAUUCUUGCUGGGUGACAAAUUCUGCUGGGAGAAGUGCUAUCACUGCUACUCUUACUGUUAGAGAUGCUACCAAAAUAUCUAUUGUACCUAAGAAUCCACAAGUUUUGAAAGGGCGUUCAGUUUUACUGAAAUGUCACUCUCAAUGUGACCCACAUCUGAAACACCACUUUAAAAUUUCUUGGAGAAAGGAUGGAGAAGAGCUUGGAAAAAACAACACUGAGGAUGGCAGGAUAAUUAUUGAGAUGGAUACAUUGUUUAUACCCAAUGUGGAGUUAGAAGAUGAGGGAGUGUACACCUGUAUAGGUAGCACAUCUCUUGAUAGUUCCACAGAUGAUUCUCAAUUAAUUGUUCUCUAUGUCCCUGACCCACCAGAAAACCUCCACCUGUCAGAAAAGCAGGAGAGAAGUGUUAGAUUGUCAUGGAAUGCUGGAGGCAAUAACAACAGCCCAGUUAAUGAAUCUAUUGUGGAAUUUGAAGAGAACCAGUGGGAGCCCAGAAAGUGGCAGGAAUUAAUCAGGGUCCCAGGGAAUGAAACAACCGUUGUUUUACCACUGGCCCCAUAUAUAAAUUACCAAUUCCGUGUUGUCUCUGUUAAUGCCAUUGGGAGAAGCCAGCCUAGUGAACCGUCGGAGCGAUAUGAAACACCGCCAGCUGCUCCAGACAAGAACCCAGAAAACAUCAGAGUUGAAGCUUCAGAACCACAUGAAUUGAUCGUAAUAUGGGAGCCAUUAAAGCCCAUGGAGCAAAAUGGGCCUGGGCUGGAGUACAAAGUGAACUGGAAACAGCAGGAUAUUGCUGAAUGGGAGGAAGAAACUGUGAAAAAGAAUUUCUUCACAUUAAAGAACACCCCUACAUUUGUACCUUAUGAUAUCAAAGUCCAGGCUAUGAAUAACUUUGGAUAUGGCCCUGAACCUGAAAAUGUAACUGGAUAUUCAAGUGAGGACAUUCCAGAAGCAGCUCCUUCCAAUGUCUUAGUGCAUGCCAUCAACAGUACUCUGGCUAAAGCUGUCUGGUCUACAAUUCCAAAGGACAGAGUUCGAGGGCACCUCAGAGGCUAUAAGGUCAGUUGGUGGAAAAUACGAAAUCGCCUGGAUGGAAAAAGCCAUCACCCUGAGAAACAUUCUCUGACAUUCAAUGCAGACCGAAAUGAUGGAAUGAUUCCUGGUCUAGAGCCUUUUAGUGAAUAUCACUUAACAGUUUUGGCUUUUAAUUCUAAAGGAGCUGGACCAGAAAGUGCUGUGUCUGUGUUUCAAACCCCAGAGGGAGUUCCUGAAAAACCACACUUUUUAAAGAUAGUAAAUUUUGAUAAAGACUCAGUAACGCUGUCAUGGGGAAGACCUAAGAAACCAAAUGGCAUUGUCACUGGAUAUGUAUUGCAGUAUCAGAUAAUUAAUGAAACUGAUGACAUUGGACCUUUGCAAGAAGUCAAUAUUACAAACCCUUCAUCAUUUAGUGUGAGGCUUUCCAACCUGAGUAUCAGCACAAAGUAUAAGUUUUAUUUAAGGGCCUGUACUUUGCAAGGUUGCGGGAAGCCAAUCACAGAGGAAGGAGUAACAAUAACUGAAGGUGGUAAAGCUGUUGGGAAGAAUUCUGAAGCACUAAAGCCCACCUCAAAGACUCAGCCUCUUGAGGUGCUUGAGCCUGGAACUGCAUACACAGUUCGACUAGUGACUAAGAAUUGGGUUGAUAAUAAUAGCAUUUCUGCAGAUGUAAUUGAGACAAGGGGGAGAGCAUACGCUGGAAUUUACGAACGAAUCUCUACACAAGGCUGGUUUAUUGGACUGAUGGGUGCCAUUGCUUUACUCACCUUAUUGUUGCUCACAGUCUGCUUUGUCAAGCGAAACAAAGGAGGGAAAUAUUCAGUGAAAGAAAAAGAAGAUUUGCAUCCAGAUCCUGAAGGUCAAUCCAUCAAAGAUGAGAUAUUUGGCGAAUACAGUGACAGUGAUGAAAAGCCACUCAAAGGGAGCCUGCGGUCUCUUAACAUGGACAUUAAAACUGCAGAGAGUGCUGAUAGUUUGGUAGAUUAUGGAGAAGGUGACCACAGAAUGUUCAGUGAAGAUGGUUCAUUUAUUGGAGCUUACACCGGAUGUAAGGAAAAAGCAUCAGUUGAAAGCAUUGGGAGUUCUACAGCAACCUUUCCUCUCCAUGCAUAAAAUAUUAGCAUGAAUGAUUCAUUUUAAAUCAGCAUAUUUAUCUUUACUAGUCAUCAGAUAUCAUUCAAGUCAGAAGGCAGAGCGCUCAAGACGUCAGAAUUCAGCCUAUAUACAAAUGGAUGGUUGACUACAAAAGCUGGUUUUUGAAACUCUUCUUCCUCAAGAUACAGGCAUUUUCAUGUCAUUAAAAUAUGACUCAUUACUACAAUUUGGUAAGACCACUCAGUCUGAUGAAAACCACAGCUACUUCGGUGUUAUAUGUAUAUAGGGAACUGAUAUUCUCCACAUUUCUAACAGUUCAGUCCUAUAGAUACAUGUAGCACAUCAAACUUACUAUAAUGGUACUUUGACAUCUUUGGCUUGCGAAGAGGCUUAUGUUUAUGAAAGGUUACUACCAAAUAUUGGAUGUGUAGGUUUAUGCUGGCAUGGCUGACACAGUGGUGGCCAAUGUCUUUAAGGUUGCUAUAUAAUUAAAUCAUUUCCACUCUUGCCUCUGCUACACCCUCUCUGUCAUUCAGUUCUGUGCUUCACCAUAGGUCUGUGUUAAACCAAUAACCACAUUUUCCUGUGGUGAUGAUCGCUGGUAUACCAGCACUGAUCCAGUUACAGUAUGUCAUCUUGCAACAGGACCAACACAGUGCAUUCUGUGUUGCACUCCACCCUAAAUAUUUAUUUGUCACACUAUUACUAAUGGGAUUGGUCCUUAAAUUAGAAAUUCAUUAUUUCUGUUUGUUUCUGUUCUUUUUUAUACACAUUUCAAACCCUAUUCUUAUAAUCUCAGUAUUACCAAGGAUUAGAUUCCUGCCAGGAAAGCAACAAGAGUUAAGUAUAUAGAAGUUAAACAUUAAACAGUAAAACAACUACAUAAAUCGUGUCCAUACUAUAGCUUAUUUCAUGUUCUAAAGGAAAGUGGAGAGAUAGUGCUGCAGUUCAGUAGUAGAGCACGCUCUUUGCUUUCAGAAAACCCUAGGUUCAUCCCUGGCAACUCCAAAGAGGGUGAAGAACCACCCUUGCCUGAAACCCUGGAGAGCUCCCGCCAGUCAGUAUGGACAGUACUAAGCUUGAUAGACCAAUCAUCCGAUUCAGUAAAAGGCAGUUUCUUAUGUUCCUCAGCUGCCCCAUUGAUGUUGGAAUUCGUAUUCUGUGCAGGGCUUAGAAAUAUAACUUGCUGAAUCUGCCAACAGCUUGCUGAAACAUCAGGUUAAAAUCUUCUAUAGCUUUUGCCCACUAGCUGGCACUCUUUCAUUAUGCAGUCAGCUACAAUAACUUCCCUUUGGGUGUUUGUUUUUUUUAAUUAUUAUUUUUUAAUGUGGCUGAUUCCAAGGGGUUGAAUACCAGUCAGGGCCAGUCAAAACAGACUUUUCUGUUUUCACAAGGUCUUUAUCUCACCGUGAUAAAUGCUGUCUUUUUAGUAAACUGAGUUCCUGAGUGCCCUAUCUGUAUAUUUGUAUGUCAGCAUACCUUUUUGUGAAUUCUUUCUUGUACAUAUUAUGUUUAUAUUGAUAUAAUCAGGGCAAGCCACAGCAGCUUCCCUUUUCAGCAAGACACAACACAAGCACAGGGCUAUGUAGUUGCGUAGUAACUAAGUUGCUCUUGUCUAGCUGAUUCUAAAUGAAAAAAAGAUUCAUUUUUCAUACAAAAAUAUGUUGAGAAGCACUUCUAGUAUGUUGGAUUUCCCUUCUUUCUCUUGCUCUAGAAAUUCUAUUUCAAUUCCCCAACUAUGAAUAUUUUAAAAUUCAUUUGGCUCUCACUUUGUACAGAGAAUUAACACAAUCAUUGAUAAAGACUUUUUGAUAUAUUUUAGUCUCACCAGAGUUAAUUCUUUGGGAAUGUAAAGCAACUGUUUUCCAGAGCUAAAAUUAUUCUGGGGAGCAAUAAAGAAAGAUGGUCAUGUUAAUUAUUGUGAUAUUUGAGGAUAUUGCAUGAACAGUAGUCCCAGGAUGAUGCUAUCUCAACAUUUUAUGUGAAAAUGUCUUUAGUUUGUUGCACUGCCUUAUUUUGUAUUUGGUAGGCAUUUAUAUACAUACCUGCUCCCAUCCCAUACAAGGCAAUGUGGGUGGUAGGGGUACUGCCCUUUCUGCUGCAUGUGUGUAAACACUCUUGACUAUGUUAUACAUCAGGGCAGUUCCACCCUGGCGUAAAGCAGUGUAAAUGUGUUGCCAGAGUGGAAUGGCCCUGGCAUGCAACACUGUUGGUGUUUACGUGUGUGCAAUGUGCACCAACCAUGUUGCCUUGUGUGGUAUUCCGAUAUUCCUUUUAAGAUGCUGCCUUUUCAUUCCAAGGAUGUACUAAUAUAACACUGCUUUGGUUCUCUUCUGAGGUAUUCACGGAUGCAGUUCAGCAAGUGCUGGUCCUGCAUCAGCCCUAUUCAUUGUAGCUAGGACUUCCAAUCUUGGCAUCUUCUAAGGGCUUAAGCUUAGUGCAAAAGCUAUCCUCACUGACUUCACUGCAAUAGCUUCAGGAAAACUAUUAGAAUAUUUCUGGGCUGGGCUUAUUAAGGAGAUACAAUUAAGGCUCUCAUCAUAGUCCAUACAUGCAGUUCUCCCAACUCACUACACAGAUAACAGGGGAAAGUGUGUAAUUAGGAUGAGUUGUACAAUCUGUACCAUCUUGCACACAGUAUCAGUAUGGGAAUCCCCUUUCCCCAGUGGCCCAUUGUGUGGUAUUAGCACCACACAAUACUUGGAUCUUUCUUUUGGUCUGGAAGGGGAUGUUGUGUGUCCGCUUUGUUAUGCUGUCUAAGUUGAUUAUUUAUCAUAGUUCAUGGCUGUGUUCAACAUCUCUUUCUGCAUAGUGCCUCCAGUACUGUCUACAGCCUAGACACAUAGUGAAGUGGUCAAGUAUUUGUAAGAAAUUAGCAAACACAGCUACAGGGUCAUCAAAGAUUUUUCAAGCAUUCUUAGCCACCUUAUAUGUACACAAAGAGAUAUUUGAGGAUCACAAAUACUCUGUUCCCAUAUUUCAGAAACAGCUGAUUAAGAAACCAUUAACCAACCCACUCUUUUGAUGAGCAAAAACUGAUCCCAUCUGCCUACAUUAGUACCAUGAACAAGAAAAGAAAGAGGAAUUACAAAAUUACUUUAGGAAGCUAGUUUUGCAAAGAAGAUUAUGGAAAACAAUGGGGUUAUGUCAAGGUAGCAAUAUAUUAUUAUUCAUGACAUGAAAAUGUAGCAUAUAGAGAAGGAACACCUUUUAUCCCGUUCUACAAAUCAGUAAAAUUUGAACUAAGUACAAUAAUGGGCAAAAGCAAUGGGUUCUUUUCACAUUGUGCAGUUGUGAUAGAGGCAAGAUCUGAUGCUCAAAAAUGUGUGAGCAAAAACACAAGCUCCUCUUUGAUCUCUUCCUGUCCAGAGUGGAUUUUGUUUUUGUUUUGUGAUGCUGAGUAUUAGACAUGAAGGCAAAGAAUCAACCUGCAACUCUUUCUCCAAAACUCUUCUCCAUAACAAUUGGGGACAUUCCCCAAUGUCCUGUUACUUAUCCCCAUUCUUUAAUGCAAAAUAUCUGUCUCCCCUAGACAAAAGUUAUCACAUUGUAAAACAGUCCUUGGAUGUACCAAUUAUUCAUAUUUUAUUGGCUUUUUAUAGUCUUUGGUAUUUUAGUUCCUCUUUUAAAAAGAGAUUGAAUAAGUUUUAUCAGCUGUGGGGUUUUUUCCUGUCUUUAUCUGCUGGCUUUGCUUUGUUUAGUUUUAAUUUGGUGUUUCAGGUGUGUUUUAAUAUUUUAUUGAUUCUUGUUUUGGUACUGAAUAUUAGCUACUUUGAGGCUUUGCCAAACAUAAGAUGAAUAAAACAUUCAAAUUUAAACUACAGGAGAAAAGCAGGUUGAAUUGUUUGCCAUAUUUUUAUUUUUUUUAAAAAACAUUGAGAAAAAAGAAAAAAGAAUAGAAGUCAGGGAAAGGAUUCUGUUCCAGCUGUCACCUUCAUGUGCUAAUUUUCUAGACAGAGAAAGUUUUCUAGCUCUUUGGAAGGAAAAUGAACAUGAAAUUCUCCACUCAUACUCUCAAUGGCUGCAGACCAGGAACAGUUUUACCACAUUAUUAGCUGUUUAUCUAGUUCAGAUUUGCAUUAGUGCAACCUUGAGUAGUUAGUUUUUUAAUCCAUGCUAUGGUGGAGUGUGAGAAACUCCUCAGUCAGGAGUCAAAAUACUCUGUAUCUGAAAGACUCCUUGAAAAAUGUUUGGGAAGAAAAAAAAUAGGAAGAACACACACUUUAGUGAAGAAGCCAAUGACGACAGGUUGAUCAACACAUUAGAAAAUGGCAGUAGGUUCAUUCACACAACCAUAUGGUGUGGGGUUUUUUGGAGAGAGAGAUCUCCUGCCCUGCCGCAGACAGAUGAGCAGAGCCUCUGUUGAGCUCUGCAAACCCUGCACCCAGACAACUGGGGCACCCACAUCUCCACUGCAUAAAUAGGGAGCUGGACCUGCUGAGGACUGGAAAAGGUGUCCCAUAAUGCAUUGCAUCACGACUACACUGGGAACCCUCAUUACAUCACUAGCUGUCCUCUGGGUGAGAAGGGGCAAGAGGCAGGCCCAGCCUUAUUGAAGGCACUGUGGGGAAAGGACCAUAGCGUGUGCUUUGCAGAAUGGAAAAUUCACAGAUGGGAGCCACUAUAGGCAUACUGCUCUAUUGUUUUAAUGGCCACUGCGUAUUAGAAACAGCUUAAAAUGCAGUGUUCACCCAGAUGACCAAAGGAUAGAGGUAAAAAGUUCUGUUGUCAUCCUACAUUGGUUUAGAGCAGAGUAGAGGAUCUGGGUUACAGAGAUUUGGGAAGGCUGAGUUGGUGGGAUUGCUGUGGCUCCACACAAGCCUGAACAGCUGGGUUUACUGCCUCCUAUCUUGACACUGAUGGUCAUGAGAACAGCCCCGGUGUCUAUCUGGGUAUCAGCCUUUAAAAAUGCUUAGGGAACUACAACAGUAACCUACGUAUUUCCCAAUUCCCAUGUGAGUAUUUUUAUCUUAUACAGUUUUUUUUAAUCAAAAAUGUAAAGAUUAACAUGCCAAGUCCAUUAUAACACAUUAUAAGUCCAUUAUAACACAUUUUAAAGUGUGUUAAAAAAAAAACCUCAAAGUGCUAAAAAAUGCACAUUUUUUAAAAAAAUGUUCACUGACUUCUUAAAUUCGCCCACUGAAUAUAUAAGUGUGCAUUUUUCAAGGAGGCCAGCUGUAAUUCUCUUUCCAAAAACACUGAGGUCAUUUAUAUAACCAAUACUGGGGUGGGGAGGGUGGGCAGAGGGGAAGGCAGGGUUCAACCUACCUUCCACCAGAUGAUCGACAUUUGUGUCUUGGGCACAUGAGUAGCGCACUCACACGAUCUGCACUGCUCCCAGCGACAUGGAUCAGAGGCUGGGACUCAUUUUCCUGGCCUCCAGAUAUCCCACAAGGCACUGCACGAUGGGCAUGGUGCCUUGGGGGCUCCCCCAUCAGACGGGAACUCUUAGCAUCCAUCUCUGUGUUAGAGACACGAUCCCAGUGGCUGGGUUAACAGUGCACUCGGUCCCUUAACCAGCUAAUAUCCAGGCUUAGGAGUAGGGUUAGACUGGGCAGGAGCACUGGGAUCCGUGCGGCCACACGAGCAGCCUAGCCUAGUCUAGACUGCUUGUGAGAACAGCCUCGGUUUCUAAACACCAAUGAAAAGAACACUAAGCUUUUGAAAAUUCCUGCAAAGUAAUUGGUUAUAUCAUUCUUUUGAGAAAGAAGUUGUGAAAAAUAGAUGUUAAUAUUUCACAGUGUGAGCUUAACUUUACCUUUCUUCAAACCACAUAUGUGCUUCCAUUUCAGUAGGGCAUUUUCUGUUCUGAAUAAAAGUAUGUUGCUUGAUUAACUCUGAAUUUAAUAUGAAACAAUGUUAAUUCAUCAGCUUUACAGCAGAAACAUUGCCAACUUGUUGCAUAAGAGCCCCUGGUGGCGCAGUGGUAAAACUGCUGCCCUGUAACCAGAAGGUUGCAAGUUCGAUCCUGACCAAGGGGCUCAAGGUUGACUCAGCCUUCCAUCCUUCCAAGGUCGGUAAAAUGAGUACCCAGAAUGUUGGGGGCAAUAUGCUGAAAUCAUUGUAAACCGCUUAGAGAGCUCCGGCUAUAGAGCGGUAUAUAAAUGUAAGUGCUAUUGCUAUUGCUAUUGCUAUUUCAAACUGACUGAAGUAAUCGUUGCCACUUUAUAUGCUGAGCUGAGAGAGGGCUGGUUCAUACAGGCAAGCUUUUUUGUUUUUUAAUUAACUUAUAUGAUUCCUCCCAACUAACUGGAGAAUCGAACUGUGUGGAGAAUGUCAAGCUAAGCUAAGCUGAACUAAGCUACACAAGAAGCAGGGGCGGGGGGCGGGGAUAACUUCUGCUAUCACAGAAAUUUAUGCUGGGCACUGCUAUCCUUCUGCAGUUCAGUUCAUGUUGAUGUCUAAGCCUGUAUUUGGGGACUGUUGUGAAAAAGUGAAUGGAGAAAAGAAUCAGCCAGCUGCAUAUGUACAGUAGUCUAAAGUCUGGUCUUAAGAAAAUCAUCAUAGUCAUUAUAUAAAAAGAUGGAUCUGAUAUUGAGUUAAAAUAAUAUGGAAAGCAAAAGGGAGGAGGAAUAGUAGAGAUCCUUCAUAAUGACACACUGGAAACCUCCAGCAGAGAUGGCUGGUGGGCAACCAGCAUCCUCCUGAGCACCACAACACUGGAAAAAGUGGCUCCCUUAUUACAGGCUAUUGUCAUGAUGUGGCAGUGCAGGCACGUGUCUAUUAAAUGGACAGCAGUAUCUAGUAUAAGCCACAAUGUCACGGUCCACAAUGGGUGCUACUACCCACCUACAUGGUGCUACAUUUGCCCAUAUGCGUUAUCACUACCAUUCACAUAAUGCAACUCCUGAAUGGCAUUCCACACCACAGCACACUAUGGCUUCAGUGUGAUAAAAAGGCAGUGGGGAGGUUCCAGUGCCUUAAACAGCAUCUUCCCACAUGGGGGUCUUCCUCAGGCAUAGCACUUUGCAAGACACUAGACAUCUUCCACACUGCUAAUCCCAAUUCAUAACCAACCUUCUGUUUAAACAGGGUCUGGAAAUUGCUGCAUAUCUCCUGGGGAGAUGAACUCUUGCAUAAUGGGAGUGCAUUGAACCUUCCCCUGCACAAGACUGCCAAGGUGAGAAACCCUAUGUGAGUUUCCUCACUCUGUCUCCAUCACUUUGGUAUCUCCAUUACUUUGGUGAUGGAGGCUGUGUUAGACCCACUCUUUCCUGGGGUUUCAGAUUCUGCACCAUUUGUACUUGCCUCCCUCUGCUAGGAAACAUGCUUGGAUAAAGCUGGACACUACAGAGGUGAGAGCAAGUACAGCUAGAACCACCAACCACCAAGAAUUAACCAUUGGAUAACUCACUCAGGCAACGUGAGCAAGUUGCAAUGCCCAUGCAAAGUCAAAAUUGCAGAAUGCUAGAGGAAGAGCCUCUGUGCCUCUCCAGUGCCUUGUGACAUUCUGCAGUAAGGCACCAUGCAGGAGCACUCAGCAUUAGUCACUGAUAGUGAUCAUUCAUAGCCAACAAACUAUGGCAUGAACGGUUUCUCUGCUGUUCACCACUGCUGUACAGCAGAGAUGUGCAUUGGAACCAGUGCUAUUAAUUUAAUCAUAAAUGAUACGGAAUCAGCAGUGAAGUUGCAAAGUUUACAAAUAGCAUCAGCUCAUUCAGGAUCUGUUUAUCAGGAGACCAGUGGGUGGUUCUGCAACCUGUUAGCCAGGGGCAGCUCUGUCAUGAGGCAAGCUGAGGCAGUGGUCUCAGGUGGCAGGACAUUGGGGCGCUAGCAUGGCAGUAAAGUGCCCCAUCACCAUUGCCAUCAGAGCAGGUUUUGGGGACCAAACUGACCUUUGCAAACUAGGAACCUCUUUCCUCAUGCAUCUAGCAUUGCAAGGCUUGCAAGAAGCAUGAAGAGAGAAGAGAUUGUUAGUAGCCUUCCCUCCUCCCUGUUCCCUGAACUUUCAAGGCUGGGAAGGGUUGGUUUUUGAAAGACGCCUGGCCUGCACCAGAGACAUGAGGCAAGGUACCAGUUUGCACCUUGCCUCAAAUGCUACAGUACCUCAGGCCUCCCCUGCUAGGAGCUGCAUAUUACAAGUAAGGCUGGAAUUGAUCCUCAACUCCAAAGUGAGAUUUGUCUGGGCUUCAAUGACAGAGUGACAAAGUAAUGCAGAUCAUGAGUUCGUGUCUGUCAUUAUAAGCAUAGCUAUAACAGGGAUCUUUUUGUUCCAUUAUAUUUAUAAAGAUUGUACUGAACUCAUUUAGAUAAGAGUGCUCUCCCCCCAAAUCAGUAAAUUUAUAGUAAAUAUUUUGAAGAUUUUGAACACAACAUUUGUGUUGGAGUUCUUUACAUAGGAUAUUGUAUUAUUGUUAUGGAAAAUUGUCUAAAGUUCAGGACAAAUCGAUCUUGGGUCGUACUCAUAAAUACUUAUUGAUGACCUAGUAAACAAGAAUCCAUUUGACUUUGGCUUACUUCAGACUUCUGUCUUUAAGCUCUACAUGUGCCAUUCAAAGGCCUACACAUUAGCAACAUGUUUACAUGUCAACACUAUGAAGUUUGUAAUCUUCUGUAACUUCUCAGUUUUUGCACAGGAUGAGUCAGAGCCAAAGCAUAGUCUCUUCUUUGUAAAUGUUGCUUCAUGAAAAAAGAUGGAGACAUGAGUACUAGGUCAGAUUGUUACUUUUCAAAAUCAGUAUUAGUGGAAAUUUCUUACAGCUUAGAGAAAUGUGUUUGUAUUGUAGUUGCUGUUCGUAUCAUGCCUAUGUAUAUGUAUGGUUUAAAAAAAAUAUUUUCAUUCUACAUAAAUUUCAACUUUGCUAAUAAAAGUUCGACUUGAUGUACUCUUCAAAAGCCUAAAUUGA